UUUCUUUCUUUAGCAUUUAUGUUCGUACCCAAACAGGGCUUUGGUGGAAAAACCUCGGAUAUUUGAAACUUUAGGGUCUACGUUCAUUCUCGACACUCUCAACCGUUAAGGUUUUGCUGACCAGAGAAAACGAGAGGGAUGGUGUCUUCGGCUCUCUCAAGGCUAUCAAAUAUCAAUCGACAUCUGAAGCCCACCGUCUCGCACUCCUGUGACAGUGAUGGUGCAACUGGAACACCGGUGAAGAUAUCUCCGGAAGUUUCCAAUGCUUUGUCAUGUGGGCGUGCAGUUGUUGCUCUUGAGUCUACUAUAAUUUCCCAUGGAAUGCCCUACCCACGAAAUUUGGAAACUGCAAAGGAGGUGGAGGCCAUUGUGAGGACAAAUGGAGCAGUUCCUGCAACAGUUGCUAUUUUAGAUGGCAUUCCAUGCAUAGGUUUGAGUAUCGAACAACUGGAGAGGCUUGCUAGUCUGGGAACCAAGGCUCAAAAGGCAGCUCGCAGAGAUAUUGCACAUAUUGUGGCUACCAGAGGGAAUGGUGCAACUACUGUUUCUGCAACCAUGUUUUUUGCUUCAAUGGUUGGCAUACCUGUCUUUGUUACUGGAGGAAUUGGAGGAGUACAUAGACAUGGAGAGAAUACAAUGGACAUAUCUUCUGAUCUUACUGAGCUUGGAAGAACUCCAGUGGCAGUUAUCUCGGCUGGGGUAAAAUCAAUAUUGGAUAUUCCCAGAACCCUGGAGUAUUUGGAAACUCAAGGAGUAUGUGUUGCUGCUUAUAAGACUAAUGAAUUUCCAGCAUUUUUCACAGAAAAAAGUGGCAGCAAGGUGCAUUGUCGUGUAGAUACGCCAGAGGACUGUGCUCAACUAAUAGAUGCAAACAUCAAACUCAAGCUUGGGACAGGUAUUUUGAUUGCGGUUCCAAUUCCAAAAGAACAUGCGGCUUCUGGAAGCUUAAUUGAGUCAGCAAUACAACUAGCCCUUAAAGAAGCCAGGGAUAAGAAUAUAAUAGGCAAUGCUGAAACGCCUUUUUUGCUUGCAAGAGUGAGUGAACUAACUGGAGGAGCCUCACUGGCUUCAAAUAUUGCACUUGUCAAGAAUAAUGCAGCCAUUGGUGCUAAGAUAUCUGUAGCACUUGCUCAGCUUAGAGAAAGUUGUAAUACAGGUGAUGCUCAGUCAGUAUCAUAGGUUCUUGGACAAAUGUGGCAGCCAAUCAUUUGCGACUUUGAAUAAUAUUCAUGAUGAUUUAUUUUCUCACUGUUACCCUGAUCAUCACAUGUAGAACACAAAUUUAAUUUUGGAAAAGGCCAAGGUGAGGGUUUUUUUCUGUCUGUUGUUAAUGUAAAAUUAGAUGCUGUACAAGUUGCAAAUUUAAUUUUACAAUAAGGGGGUUUGUCCAAUUUAAGCUGA